UAAUUAAAAUAUAUAUGCACACGGAAUUAUAAAUGUGUAAAAAACAGCAUAUUGAAAUCUAAAUCUAAAAGACAAUAUAUAAUAUAUACUAUAUAUAUUAGCUCUAUAUAAUCACACACAUUUCGCCUGACUGAUAAGCCGGAGCUCUUGGUGCAGGCGAAAAAACAAAUAUUGAAGACGCGUUGCAACUUUUGAACUCUGCGCUGCGAUGAUUUCCCAUACAGUGAGAGUAUUCAAGCUGAUGUAUAUCGUGGCUGGCAUACUGAUUAGCAAUGAGGAAAUCUGCGAUACGGUCGAUCGCAUACAGAUCGCGCCACGCGUCGAAAUGAAGCCCGAGCCGGAGCAGCGCGGCGGCGGCGGCGGCGGCGUUGCGGCGCGGCCGGAACGCAGCGACUACUCGCCCAAAUCGAAGCGACGCAGGAAGGUGAGCGUCACCGGACUGGCCGGCGGCAUGGUGCGCGGCGUCACCAGCAAGGUGACCAGCCAGGUGACCAGCCGGAUAAGGAUGGGCACACGCUGCACCUGGCUCUACAGCAUGCCCCUCAUCCUGGGCCAGUGGCGCAAUUUGGCGCUCAGCUUCACCCUCUGGACCAUACCCAACUGGCUGCUCGAGUACACGUCCAGCUACAUCAGCCGAAAGUUCUUCAUCAACAGCGACUGUGAUAUGAUCUACAAAUAGUUGCAAUAGCUAUAUACAUAUAUAGCUAUAUAUGCCCCAACACCUGAUCUGGGCAUUAUAAUUACUAUACUAUGCAGACAUUUCUGGCAGCCAUCAAGUAUAUAGUAUAUAACGUGUGUAUAUAUAGUAUAACUAUUGCAGAGCCCAAGUCCAUGUGCUUAUCAGUCAGUCUGUUUAACCUGUUCACCUGCCUGGUCUCUGUUCUCUGUGAACUAGUCUCGCGCCGAGCAGCUAUGCUGCUCUAACUAGGUACAGCUGCUUCUCUUAAACGCAGUUAGUACAUAUCCCAAAACCCAGUCGGAUCGGUUCACUAUAUCUUGCCUGACAUGCCUGAAGUAAGAUCUAGGUCUUGUGUCUAAACUUGGGCCUUGGUUAGUCAAAAAAAAAAAACAAAAGCACGUGUUUAUAAGCCCGACAACUAUAUUAUAUAGCUGUCAUUGGAAGAAUCGCUCGAAACUUUUGUUACUAAGCUUAAUCGGACUACUAUAACAUAGAGAGUCUUCAUAGAUAAGAUCGUUUGUAAAUGAAGUUCUUGUACUUUAAUACUGUUUAUUGUACAAACCUGGCGGCACCUAACUUGAUUUAACCGACACUCUGAGUUCUGAUUGACACUUGUUAAACUAAAACUUUAAAAAAAAAUUUAAGCAAUCAAAAAUGAAAAAAAAAAUGGAUAAUCAUAUUACUAUACUAUUACUAUAUAUAUAAUCUAUAUAUAUUAUGCUACAAUAUUAUAAUAUUAUUUAGUUUAUGUAUGAAAAAGUGUUUUGAUAAGCUUUAAGAUAUCUUGAAGAAACUCAACAAUUUCGAGCACAUUUAAUCGUUUUCCUAUAUCAUAUACCUCCCAUAGGAAUAAUAUGUCAAAAAUGUAUAGAUUACCUUUAUUUGUUCUUAUAGAUAAGGAAACUUUAGGAAACUCCACAUAAGAUUGUUUAAAUAUCAGUUAUAUACGUAAAAUAUUUCAAUUCUAUUCUAAAAAGAACUAAUUGAUUAAACUCUGCAAGGAAUUAGUUUCUGUCCCGCUCGCUCUCCAGAGGGAUCCUUUCCUUUCUCCCCCCCCCCCCCUCUUUUAUUUCUCCACUUAAAAGUUGACUAAGACACACACAGAAGUGGAAUUUAUUUAAGUUUUAGUGCUAAGAUGCAAUAGUUAGGCAUAAGUUGAAAUAAAUUAAGUGUUUGCCAAACAUUUAGACAUCGAA